UCGGUUGCAGCGUGAACUGAUGAUGUGACCGACACAAGACAUCCAUGAAUGUGGCCGAGCCCAACAUUCUUCGGCUUUGUUACAACAAGCAAGGAUGUCUCGGCCACUUCUCUCUGCGCGUCCUUUCCUCUACCUUCAGUCUCUUAAUACUACCCAGGAGGAUUGGAUUCUACUAAGUCCUCGAAUUUAAUAGCAUAUCGCCAGUCUUGUCCUGCUGGCGUUGAUAUACUGCCGACGUCAUCGCUGGCGUGUUCCCAUUGGUGUUUCCCGACCAAGCCCAUCUCUCCAACGCCCGCAUCCGGCCUGAAUCUAUCACGUUCACGCGCUUUCAACGCUUUCGGCGAAUGCCGAGGUGUCCAUAGCUGCACUGGCUGUUGAUUAACUAGCAUCUUUGACACCUGGAAAGAGCGUGUACAAUCAUAUAGCCGUACAGGACACUGGACUUUAUCUUGCGCGUUACCGGAGAGAGGUACAUCACGAUUCAUCAUGGCUGGCAUGGAACAAUUGCAAAUCCAUAGCAAGUCUUAUCUCGUACGCUGGAUCGAUGUGCCGGCCGGGCACUCCAUAUCAUGGAGCAUACAACCUCACAAGAAAUCGUUGAACUUCGGGGUUUUCAAACAUCCUGGUACUGCGAAUGGUGCGAUCCCAAACCUCCCCUCGAGCGCUGUCUACGAGCAGCCUGCUACGCCAGCGGCCGAACAAGCUCCAAGAGGGAAACCAGAGCAUAUGUCCAAGAGCGAUCAGACAAAAGUAGUGGAGAAGCUGCAGGGUAUGGGCUACAAGUCUGUAGCAUGGACGGGGAGAUGUGACGCAGACAAAGUAACUCUGGGCAAAUACGACGUCCAAGAAGGCGAGGGCGGCAUGUACGGGCUCGUUAUAGACAACACUUUUUCGAAGCAGGUGUCAAAGACAGCGACGCUCGUGCUCAUGACACACCCAACGAACGUCGUACCAAAGUCUGGCGCUAGCCUGCACUUCUCUCAAGCUUUCUCUGGAAGCGCGUCAAGUUUGCCAUCGAAGAAUAGCCCUCGACUGACUGCUGCGAACAAUUCAGCAGAGUCGUUGCCUCAAGACUCUGGUCGAUCAACCCUGCGACCAAAGUCAUCUCAUGGCAGCGAGUCUUCGACCUUCUACACUGGUGUACUACAGAAAAAGCGCAGGAAGCGCAACCAGGGCUAUGCGCGUCGCUUCUUCUCCCUUGAUUUCACGUCCUCUACCUUGUCCUACUACAGGAAUGGCCAUUCCUCAGCACUACGAGGCUCUAUACCACUUGCGCUGGCGGAAGUUGGUGUCGACGAGAAGAGGAAGGAAAUAUCAGUAGAUUCGGGGGCAGAAGUAUGGCGCCUAAAAGCAUUAAACAAGAAAGACUUUGAGGGCUGGCGGAAUGCUCUAAUUAGAGCAUCAGACUUUGCGCAUGCUGUCACACGCCCACGUGCAACAAGUCCUCAGCAGUCAUAUCAUACUGCUCAUAUGCCAGAUCCCGCUACAGAGCGAGAAUGGGAAGGUAUAGAGAACCUAGUUGGAAGAGUCGCGGGCAUUCGCGACGCUGUCCGUCGGCUGGCCCAAGACACCGAUCCAAAGUACAAGCCUGCUCUGGUUGGCCUUGGGAUCGGGAAACCAAAUCCGAGUGCAUCGUCAAGUCCGACCGACGCGGUAGAAGCUGGUGACUACUUUGGACAAGAAGGUGCGGAAAGAGCUGAGAAAACUUCGUUCUGGAAGCGAAAGGCUAGUAGCUCUGGACCAAGUCAUAGCCCUUCAACAUUACUCAGGAGAAGUGUUUCAGCCCAGCUGGCUGUACCGUCUCCAUCUGCGGUGCCACAAUCUCCAAAUGGCAACCUGACAGUGCCGGUGCGUACGGAGCAAGCAAGUAACUCACCUAACAAUGGAGGGAUUCAUGAUCACUGCAUGGCAAUUCUUCGGGAUCUGGAUUCUGUAGUAUCAGAGUUCUCAGCAAUCUGCGGGGAGCGAAGACAAAGAAAAACACCCUUACCUCCAAAGCUAUCCUCACGCGACAGUAUCGAUACGACCACGUCCGAGGAGUUUUAUGAUGCUCGUGAUGUGGAUACUCCAGCCAGUCGCUCAGGAUUUCUUACCAUUCGCCGUGAUAGCGACGACCAGGAUGUGCAAUCAGAUGUUGCAUCUGAUGCUGCAUCAGUAUCAAGCAGUGACGAUGAAGCACAUGAGACCUUUGAACGUACACCAAGAGAAGGCCAGCCAUCUAUGUUUCCAGCAAAACCAAAGAAUCUCACGCCUCUUCCACUUGAUCGUGUGCGGAGGCGCACGACGAUUGCACCCGCCAAGGUUGCACCUCCAAGUCUGAUCGGCUUCUUACGCAAGAACGUUGGCAAAGAUUUCACGACCAUUGCCAUGCCAGUGUCGGCAAACGAGCCGACCUCAUUACUGCAACGCUUCUCGGAGCAGAUGGAGUACACAGAACUUCUGGACGCAGCCGUGACGGCUCCAGAGAAAACCGGCGAGCGUAUACUGUAUAUCACUGCAUUCGCUCUUUCGACUUUCUCGAACUCACGGGUCAAGGAACGAGCCAUCCGCAAACCCUUCAACCCUAUGCUAGGUGAAACAUAUGAGCUCGUGCGUGAGGACAAAGGGUUCAGAUUCAUCGCUGAGAAGAUAUCCCAUCGUCCAGUACGAAUGGCAUGUCAAGCAGAGGCGAAAGACUGGACGUUCGUCCAGAGCCCUAUGCCAGUACAAAAGUUCUGGGGCAAAUCUGCAGAGCUAAACACCGAUGGGCGUGCGCACGUUCUCAUCCAUCCAUCCGGAGAACACUACAGCUGGACAAUCGCAACUUCGUUCUUACGCAACAUCAUCGCGGGCGAGAAGUACGUCGAGCCCGUCGGCACGAUGACUGUCGUUUGUGAAACUACGGGGUACAAAGCUGUCACAACUUUCAAAGCCGGAGGCAUGUUCGCCGGCCGUAGCGAGGAUGUUACAGUCAAAGUGUCCGAUGCGCAAGGCGACCAUCUCCCCGUAGGAUUGACGGGCAAGUGGACCUCCCACUUCAAUCUUACCAGGAACGAUUCUGACACCGGCGAUACCAUGUGGUCCGUCGGUCCCCUCGUGGACAACGCACCUCAUCGAUACGGAUUCACUGCGUUCGCUGCUGCGCUCAAUGAGAUCACCGAUAUCGAACGCGAUCGCAUCCCAAUUACUGAUAGUAGACUACGACCUGACCAGCGUGCUGCUGAAGAUGGUGAUCUAGACCGUGCGGAGGGCCUUAAGGCGAGGCUAGAAGAGCGACAACGCGCACGUCGACGUGUGAUGGAGGAGCAUGGUGACCAGUGGGUGCCGCGCUGGUUCGCACAAGCAAGCGCUGGUUCUGAUGGCGAAGAAUUGUGGAAGCUGAAGACCGGCAAGGAUGGAUAUUGGGAGGAGAGAGAAAAAGGAGAGUGGACUAGGGUGGUUGAUGUUUUUCAGACAUAGUGCCAGGAUGGAAUAAUGUGACAUUUUUAGCAUAGUGCAAUGAAGCGAUUUGAGGUUAUGCAGCUACGAUCUUGUGUA